CUCAGCGCGCGUUCCUAGACGUUCUUUCUUUGACGCGCGUCGUGUCGGGAGAAUCUAUCGGCAUCCUCUCCCGCUCGCGCUCCUGCGGCCGGGCAUUUGGUCUUCGCGAGGCGCCGAGCCAGGCCCGGCGGCACCGUCGCCAUGGCCGCGGUUCCCGAGGCGCUGCAGCCGCAGCAGCAGCAGCAGGAGGACGAGGAGGAGGAGCGCAGCAAGCUAAGAUCUGUAUCUGUGGACCUGAAUGUUGACCCAUCUCUUCAAAUUGAUAUACCUGAUGCCCUCAGUGAGAGAGAGAAGGUGAAAUUUACAGUUCAUACUAAGACAACUCUGCCCACUUUUCAGAGCCCAGAGUUUUCUGUUACAAGACAACAUGAAGACUUUGUAUGGCUACAUGAUACACUCAUCGAAACUCCAGACUAUGCUGGGCUUAUUAUACCCCCUGCUCCUACCAAGCCUGAUUUUGAUGGCCCUCGGGAGAAGAUGCAGAAACUCGGUGAGGGUGAAGGGUCUAUGACCAAAGAUGAGUUCGCUAAGAUGAAGCAAGAGCUAGAAGCUGAGUAUCUGGCUGUCUUCAAAAAGACUGUUUCUUCCCAUGAAGUUUUUCUUCAGCGUCUCUCUUCGCAUCCUGUUCUCAGUAAAGAUCGCAACUUUCAUGUGUUUCUGGAGUAUGAUCAAGAUCUAAGUGUUAGGCGGAAGAAUACUAAAGAGAUGUUUGGAGGAUUUUUCAAAAGUGUGGUGAAAAGUGCAGAUGAAGUUCUAUUUUCUGGAGUUAAGGAGGUAGAUGACUUUUUUGAGCAAGAGAAGAAUCUUCUCAUUAAUUAUUAUAAUAGGAUCAAGGAUUCCUGUGCAAAAGCGGACAAAAUGACCAGAUCUCAUAAAAAUGUUGCAGAUGACUAUAUUCACACUGCAGCCUGCCUGCAGAGUCUGGCUUUAGAAGAGCCUGCUGCUAUCAAAAAGUAUCUUUUGAAGGUUGCUGAGCUAUUUGAAAAACUAAGGAAAGUAGAAAGUCGUGUCUCCUCAGAUGAAGAUUUGAAGCUAACAGAGCUACUUCGAUAUUAUAUGCUGAAUAUAGAGGCUGCUAAGGAUCUUUUAUAUAGACGCACCAAAGCACUCAUUGACUUUGAGAACUCAAACAAAGCGCUGGACAAGGCUCGAUUGAAAAGUAAAGAUGUCAGGUUGGCUGAGACUCACCAGCAGGAAUGCUGCCAGAAAUUUGAACAGCUUUCUGAAUCUGCAAAAGAAGAAUUGGUCAAUUUCAAACGAAAGAGAGUGGCAGCAUUUAGAAAGAAUCUAAUUGAAAUGUCUGAACUGGAAAUAAAGCAUGCCAAGAAUAACGUUUCCCUCUUGCAGAGCUGUAUUGACUUGUUCAAGAAUAACUGAUAUGCAUCUUGGCGAAGACCACGAAUGUGAAUGAAAGCUGACAUCACUUGCACUUAAAUCAUUUCCACAGGAGAUUUACUACUCUUAGUUUAUAAAAUUAUGUGAAUAAAUACUUUGAUUUCUAAAAAUCUUAACAUUUAACCAUGUUGGUUUACAAAUGUUCCUAUAGCAUGCUACUUGGACAUAAUUAAUCUUUCUUACACAUUUAAUACCUCAGAGUGAACAGUCUAAAUUACCGGGCUUUUCUAGAAUUUGUCUUCAGGUAGGAUUCAGGAAGAAUGUGCCUUCUGGAGAAGCAAGUCUAAGCAAUUUUCCUGGCACACAGACCUUGCUGCUCUGACUACAGUUCAGGGUCAUUGCCAGUUUAUAACAUUGUUCACUCAACUGCUUGUUAACCGGAAACAUUCCAUUUUCAGGCAGAUUUCUCUUAAGUCGCCUGGUUCUUUAGUCACCUCAAGUGUUUUUAUACUAUUGACAUUAAGAAAGUCUCAUUUAUCUUUAUAUACAUCCUUUGGAGUUACAUUUUUGUAGUUGGAAUAAGUAUUUGAUGUAGGGGGGGGGAGAAUAAAAAUAACAUGGCCUUUUGAAGAUGGUCAGAUCUACAUUAAAAUGUAAGCCCUUUCCCUGAGAUUUUUGUUUGGACUUUUUAAAUAUGAAAUCUAUUAAUAAAAUAAAACAUGUCUACUA